AUGUUGACAACAAAAGAGAAAAAAUUCUUGGCAGCAAAUAAUAGCUUGGCACAUAAUGAUGAUGAAAACCCAGUAGAUAAUGACGAAGACCUGACAGAUGAUGAUAAUGAACAAGCAGAUAUUGAAACAACUCCAGGAUGGAAAACCGUUGCAAAAUUGAUUCUCAAUUCCAAACCUGAUAUUGAAUAUAGUUAUAAUUUGAAAUAUGACAGCCCACAAUUUAAGUUCAGAACGAAGCAGAGAGAAUAUGUUCACAUUGAUUUUGGCAAUAAAUUAGGAUCUGUGAAAGAAGAUUUAAAAACGUGA